AUGGAGAAGAGUGCGCCUCCGUAUUGCGGACCCCGGGUCGCCGCCUUGCAAGAUUUACACUCCGAGGAGGAGGAGGAGGAGGAGGUAGCAAACAGCUGCACGCCGGGAAGUGUAGUUUUUCCACGCCCUCCCGGAGCAGGAGGGCUGGGCCAAUCCAGACCGACGUCCCCCUACCCACCUUUUUGCCUCCGAAACCAGCCGCCACCCUUCACCAGCGCCCAGCGUAGCCUUCCCCCCAUCCACUGCUGCAGACCCCGGCCGUUGCAAGGCAGCGUAAGGAUCGGAGUCCCGCGGGGCGGGCCGAGGCAUCCACCUCCCUUGUCUGUACCUCCCACCCACCCACCCACCGAAAAGGAUGGAGCUCAGCCCGUGCGCGCAAAACGGCUCUGGCCGCGUCGGAUCGGCCCGGCCGAAGGAGCGGGUUUAGGGAAAGAGGGUCCCUCGCUCUUUCCAAAAGGGGUCUUGCAGCCGGAUGACACGACACUCCCUCCCCACUGGCUCUUCCGAAUGGACGUCAAGAGCUCUCCCCCCUCUCCCGCCGUGGAGUGGGGGUUAGAUUCUGCAGAAAAUUUGAUGAUCCAAUCAGCUUCCUGCCGACAAUCCAGCUUUUCCUGCUGUUGCGGUCCUGUGUUUUUCGCACCGACCACCCUCCCUUGCAAGAACACCCCCCCACAACUGUAA